AUGAAUACAAUCACUCUUAUUACCUUAAUAUUUACUGUCACUAUAUUAGCAGUAAUAACAGGUGUAACUAGUAGUACCACUAAUAAUAAUAAUAAUAAUGGUUUAUUAAUUGUUGAUAAUGUUCAAACAAUAUCCAAUCCAAAAUUAAGAAUUGAAGCACUUGGUAAAAGAGCAUUUAUUUCACCUUUAAUUUUAUUAUCAAGUAACAAUAAUAAGCCUCAUAAUCAUCAUCUUAUUGCUAAUAAUAAUAAUAUUACAACAAUAACAACAUCAAAUGGACAAUAUUCUAAUAGAAUGAGAGGAGUAUCAGCUAAUUGUGCAUAUGAUAAUAGUCAACAAGAUGUAAAGAAAUUUAAAUGUUCAUUUGAAAUUUCUAAAAAGAUUUUAUCACAAAAUUUAUAUGGUAAAGCUGAAACUAUUUUAUCAAUUAAUUUAAAUCAACACACAGCUAAUAUUAUAAUGAAAGCAAAUAAUGAAAUGAUAUAUCAACAUACAUUUACAUUAGGUGAUUUAAUUCCACCUAUUUGUGCUGAUAUUUUUUAUAAAGUUGGUUUAUGUUUAAGAAUUAAUAAUGUUCAUUUCCAUUCUCAAUCACCUCAAUGUUUUAAAUUAAAUUUACAAGUUUAUUUACAAGCUUUAACUUUUGAAGAAGUUAUUUUAUCUGAACCUGUUGGUUUUAAUCCUAAUUUAUGUUAA